AUGCCACGCUCGAGCACUGCAGAAAUGACGGCCGAACAGGAAUCAAGGAUCAAGAUCGUCUUCGGCGCCAUGACCUUUGGCAAAGAAGGCGCCGAACAAUCAAGAGUCCACGAUUCGAGCACUGCCCACUCCAUGUUGGACGUCUUCCAGAAACACGGUCACACAGAGGUGGACACCUCCAGACAGUACGGCGAUGGAGCCUCAGAAGAGAUGCUGCAUGAUCUGCGCUGGCAGGAAAGAGGCCUCGAAGUCUCCACAAAGAUGUGUCCGACUGGCGCUCCACAGCUCGGACCUGAAGGCUGGGAUAAGAUCCUACACCACACGCCAGAAGCCAUACACUAUCAGCUUCCAGUACUGGCAUUGGGGUGCCCGUGUUGA